CCUAUAUAUACAUGCUGGCUUCACAUCGAACCACUGGGGUUUAGAGGCAUACUUCACGAUAUCACAUAUCAUAGAGAUUGCAUGUGCUAAGUAUAAGGAAAAACACAUAACAAUGAGUUCAUCCGUUCCUAAAGAGUACAUGAAUGGCCACGUCCACCACGAAGAACCAGACAUCUAUGAAUCAGAUGGGACGUUGUUCCUUACCGAGGCUUUCAAAGUGAUUGUAGAGGAGAUACUUCACAAGGGAACUGACAUCAAGCAGAAGGUGUGUGAGUGGAGAGAGCCCGAUCAAUUGAGAUCUCUGCUGGACCUGGAGCUCAGAGAACAUGGAGAGUCUCAUGAACAGUUACUGAAACGAGUGCAAGAUGUGGCGAGAUACAGCGUUAAAACUUGUCAUCCUCGGUUCUUUAAUCAGCUUUUUGCUGGUGUGGACUACCAUGCAUUGACGGGACGACUCCUCACUGAGACCCUCAACACCAGCCAAUAUACAUACGAAGUGGCUCCUGUGUUUGUCCUGAUGGAGGAGGAGGUGCUUUGCAAGCUUCGCUCUCUGGUCGGAUGGUCAGAAGGAGAUGGAAUAUUCUGUCCUGGCGGUUCCGUGUCCAACAUGUAUGCCAUGAACACAGCACGAUACUGGGCCUUUCCCAAUAUAAAGACACAAGGGUUGUGGGCCAUACCUCGCCUGGCUAUAUUUACAUCACAGCAAAGUCAUUAUUCCAUGAAAAAGGCUGCUGCUUUCCUCGGUAUUGGGACGGAUAAUGUUUUCAUUGUGAAGACGGAUGAAAGGGGUAGCAUGAUACCAGAAGACCUGGAAGCAAAAAUCGUGCAGGCAAAAUCCCAGGAUGCUGUACCAUUUUUUGUCAAUGCCACAGCAGGUACCACAGUGCAGGGAGCCUUUGAUCCCCUGAACCAUAUCGCCGACAUAAGUGAAAGGAACGGCAUCUGGAUGCAUGUAGAUGCUGCAUGGGGCGGAAGCGUGCUGUUCUCCAAAAAACACAGACAACUGGUCUCUGGGCUAGAAAGAGCCAACUCUGUAACCUGGAACCCUCACAAAAUGCUUCUAGCUGGCUUGCAGUGCUCUGUGGUUUUGUUCAGAGAUACCACGAUUUGUAAUUUUUAUCCUCUGAAGAAUCUGCUGAUGCACUGUCACAGUGCCAGAGCCACUUACUUGUUCCAGCAAGAUAAAUUCUAUGAUACAAGCCUAGACACAGGAGACAAAUCUAUCCAGUGUGGGCGAAAGGUGGAUUGUUUGAAGCUGUGGUUGAUGUGGAAGGCAAUUGGAUCACAUGGGCUUGCAGAACGUGUAGACAAUGCAUUUUCCCUCGCAAGGUAUUUAGUAGAAGAAAUUGAGAAGAGGCCAAAUUUCCAGCUGGUCUCUAAGAGGCAGUUUGUGAACGUAUGCUUCUGGUACAUACCCCCCAGUCUCCGAGGGAAACUGCACAGCCCAGAUUACCAGGAAAGACUAUCAAAGGUGGCACCAAGUAUCAAAGAAAGAAUGAUGAAAUGUGGAACAAUGAUGAUGGGCUACCAGCCCAUGGAGGGACAUGUCAACUUCUUCCGGAUGGUUGUUGUUUCUCAUCGGCUCACCACCAAAGACAUGGAUUCCAUUCUAGAUGAGAUAGAGAGAUUAGGAAACGACCUGUAAUUACUUUGGAAACGUAUGCUGUCAAGACACAUUCAGCCUCGCUCAUUGCCUUAUUGUAGCUAUUUUUACGUCCAAUUCAUUCACAAUAAGUAAUUUUCAAAAUAUUUAAAGAAACAUUAAGAACCCACAGAGGUAAAUUAAUCCUCAAUUAUAAUGAACUCCGAUAAAAGUAGGGCAUGGACAGAACUAUAAGUACAGUAUAUACAGUAUAUGACUAAGUCUUUGUGUGUCCCUUUCAAUAAUGCAAAAUAUAAUCUGCUCUCUGUUCUUAAAGUGGUUGAUAAAGUGAAUGAGUCUAAAAAGACUCCUUAGUGAAAUAGACUGCCCUAUCCAUUCAAGCACAUGCCCUCUCUCCAAGUCUCCUCUCUUUAGAAACAUGUCCACAAAUGUGAAUUGAUUAUUGGGCAGAAACUUUCUUAUACAGGCUUGUUUUUAUUUAUUAAAAAUAUGCUGACUGCU